GAAAGCCACAAAUUAUGCUAUAGAGCAAGAGAACCACUUGCAUUUUGCAUUUACAUUUACAUUUACAUUUGCAUUUGCAUUUGCAUUUGCAUGUGAUUUCCCUCUUGAAUUUCACAUUAGUAAUCAGUUUCCACAGCCCAACGAUAAUAGCAAACGGCGGGGAUGAGCAGCGGCGGUUCGUCCGGGUCGGCGGCGAAGGAGAAGGAAAAGGCGCGGGUGAGCCGGACUUCGCUGAUACUAUGGCACGCGCACCAAAACGACCCGGCAGCGGUGCGGAAGCUCCUGGAGGAGGAUCCGUCGCUGGUGAAUGCCAGGGAUUACGACAGUCGCACGCCGCUCCACGUGGCUUCGCUCCAUGGCUGGGUCAAUGUCGCUAAGUGCUUGAUUGAAUUCGGUGCUGACGUCAACGCCCAGGAUCGUUGGAAAAACACUCCUCUGGCUGAUGCAGAAGGAGCUAAACGAACCGCAAUGAUUGAGCUUUUGGAAUCACAUGGAGGCUUGUCUUAUGGCCAAAAUGGAAGCCAUUUUGAAUCCAAGCCUGUUCCACCCCCAUUGCCUAACAAGUGUGAUUGGGAAGUUGACCCUUCUGAGCUGGACUUCUCGAAUUCAGUUUGCAUUGGAAAGGGAUCUUUUGGUGAGAUUUUAAAAGCCCAUUGGCGUGGAACACCUGUUGCUGUCAAACGCAUUCUUCCAUCUCUAUCAGAUGAUAGAUUGGUGAUUCAGGACUUCAGGCAUGAGGUUAAUUUACUUGUGAAGCUUCGACACCCUAAUGUUGUUCAAUUUCUUGGAGCUGUUACUGACAGGAAGCCCCUUAUGUUAAUUACUGAGUAUCUAAGAGGAGGUGAUCUUCAUAAGUACCUCAAGGAAAAAGGUUCACUUAGUCCUUCAACAGCUAUCAACUUUGCCUUGGAUAUUGCCAGAGGGAUGGCCUAUCUUCACAAUGAACCAAAUGUUAUAAUUCAUCGAGACCUAAAGCCAAGGAAUGUUCUUAUAGUCAAUUCUAGUGCUGACCAUUUAAAAGUUGGAGAUUUUGGACUUAGUAAGCUUAUUAAGGUCCAAAGUUCUCAUGAUGUAUACAAGAUGACGGGUGAAACUGGAAGCUACCGCUAUAUGGCUCCUGAAGUCUUGAAACACCGGAGAUAUGAUAAGAAGGUUGAUGUGUUCUCCUUCGCAAUGAUUCUGUAUGAGAUGCUUGAAGGUGAACCACCUUUUGCAAAUUAUGAACCUUAUGAUGGAGCUAAAUAUGUGGCAGAAGGACACAGACCUAUUAUUCGGGCAAAGGGUUUUGUCCCAGAACUGCGAGAGUUAACCGAGCAGUGCUGGGCUUCUGACAUGAAUCAAAGACCUUCCUUCAUAGAGAUCCUUAAACGGCUUGAAAAAAUCAAGGAAAAUUUACCUUCUGAUCAUCACUGGAGCUUGUUCACUUCAUAAAUUCUUGGAACAUUAGAAUGUUUCAGAUGGUUGUUUGCCAUUACCAUUCCAGCUGGUUGCUUUCUCUACUGCUUGGGGGUUUGUGAAUAGAACCAACUUGGAAAACCUGACAAAGUCACGAGGCUUGUUUUCAUCUGUUAGAUUCUAAUGAGCAUAAGUGGUGAUGUUGAUUGCUUUUAUCAGGUAUCUAUGUUCGAUUACUCUUUUGUCUCAUCAAAAUUCUUGUGAAGUUCCGUUCAGCUAUUCAAGUAAGCAGAUAGAUACUAAUCGUUGCUUAAGUGUAAUAUGUUUUUAGUGUACAAAACCCAUUGAGGAAAUAGAACACAUCAUGCUAUCCACUGUUCGAUAUUUUAUCUUAUAUUUAAAAAUUGAUAGUAGUUUUCAUUCU